AUUAAAGUGGUGUGAAAUGUCCAAAGCAUCCUUAUCAACACACUAUUGUUCCCUCAUGUCCAUAAAGCCAUCGCAAGCAUCUUAAGGGGCAUUCUUGCAUAUUUAACUCCUACAUACCAACCUUACUUCAAAAGCAAGACCAAAUUUAGAAGAAAAACAAGCCAUCAAAUUGGUAACCAUCUUAUAGCUAUCUUUCUGAUGAGGGAAGGGGAGACGAUGCUACAGGAAGAGAAUGAGUCUGAGAUCACAUCUCUCAAGAAAAAACUUGAAGUCCACAUGGCAAGGAAUGAGUCACUACAGAAGGAAAACAAGGAACUCAGAGAAGAAGUAGGCCGUUUGAAGUCACAGAUAAUUUCACUUAAAGCAUACAACAUGGAGAGGAAAACCGUUCUUUGGAAGAAGAUACAGAAAUCCAUAGAUGACAACAACAAUUCAGAAGCACAGCAUCAACAAUAUAAAGCACCACCAGUUCAGGUAAUCACAUCUGAAAAGAGUUCAGAGAAUGAGAAAGUGCUUAAAAAUUCAGAUUUCCCAGACUCAACACCUAGAAAAGAAAAACCAGCAAUAGUACCAGCUCCUCCACCAAGGCCUUCUCCCACCCUUCUUCUUCCUCUACACAAAAAAGAGAAAGGACCUAAAGUUUUGCAGCCAACAAUAGCACCACCACCCCCUCCUACACCACCAAAAUCAUCAUUAGUUGGGUUGAAAUCGGUGCGCCGUGUGCCUGAAGUAAUAGAAUUGUUUCGUUCCCUUACCAGAAAGGAUGCAAACAUGGAAAACAGAAUACAUUCCAAUGGUGUUCCCACAGUAGCAUUCACCAGAAACAUGAUUGAGGAAAUUGAAAACCGCUCAACUUAUCUCUCAGCCAUAAAAUCAGAAGUUCAAAGACAAGGGGAAUUCAUUAGUUUCUUGAUUAAGGAGGUUGAGUCUGCCUCAUUUGCAGAUGUUUCUGAGGUGGAAGCAUUUGUCAAAUGGCUAGAUGGGGAACUAUCUUCAUUGGUGGAUGAAAGGUCAGUGCUUAAACAUUUUCCUCAGUGGCCAGAACAGAAGGUAGAUGCACUGAGGGAAGCAGCUUGUAACUAUAGAGAUCUGAAGAACCUUGAAUCUGAAGUUUCAUCUUAUGAGGACAAUCCCAAAGAGCCUUUGCCUCAGACUCUGAGAAAGAUACAAGCACUGCAAGACAGGUUGGAGAGAAGUGUGAGUGCUAAAGAGAGAAUGAGGGAGAGUACAAGCAAGAGAUACAGGAAUUUCCAUAUCCCUUGGGAGUGGAUGCUGGAUACAGGCAUUAUUGGUCAGAUGAAGCUAAGUUCAUUGAAGCUAGCAAAGGAAUUCAUGAAACGGAUAACCAAGGAAUUAGAGUCAACAGAACCUUUGCAGGAAGAUAACCUGUUUGUACAAGGAGUUAAGUUUGCAUUCAGAGUACACCAGCCUUUCAGUUUGCAGGUGGCUUUGAUCCUGAGACCAUACAAGCAUUUCAAGAAUUGAAGAAGAUUGGCUGUGCUAUACCAAGCUAUACUAAUCUGAUUAAAUGCACCAAACUUGUUAAAACUUGCCAGAAAGCAGUAUCUUAACUUAAACUGUCUUUCCUUCUUUAUUAAUUAUUUGAUGUUCACACAUCAGCAGCGGAAUUGAGAAAAUGUAUAUGCUCCUCUCUAUGUAAUUUCUUGAAGCAUUGCCUACUUUUGGCUAGUAGGUAUAUGCUUUCAUAAUUAUGCAAGAGAUAAAUCCUUAUUAGAGUCUUUGUGCUUCAAAAGGCAAACAUUACCAAAAAGAGGACCAUGUAGUAUUUAAUAGGGUGCAGUACCUAAACAUGCAUGGUUGGCGAUAAAAGCCCAGUGAAUGGAAAGAAAUAUAGGCACAAAUAAUCAGAAGGGGUGUGUCAC